AUGGCUGGUGUUAAGAUUAGCGAGGUACAAAAUAAUGGCGUUGUGGAAGAGAAGCUGGUAACUCUUGACUCGACCACUCCUACUGAUUCUACCUCUAAAUACGACCAUUAUACGUUCCCAACCACGAAUUCCGAGUCAGGGGAGGGGCACCCAGGUCAUACAACCCCCGAACAAGACGCGAAGGUCUUGGAGCUGCGGAAUGGUUUGGAAAAAGAAGGAUAUACCGAGAGGCUGGAUACCCUCAGCAUGCUUCGAUUCUUGAGGGCUCGGAAGUUUGACGUCAACUUAGCCAAGGCCAUGUUUGUCGAGUGCGAGAACUGGCGGAAGGAGUUCAAGGUUGACGAGAUUGUCAAGGACUUUGUCUACACCGAGAAGCCCGAAGUCUUCAAAUACUACCCCCAAUACUACCACAAGACCGACAAAGACGGCCGUCCAGUCUACAUCGAGCAAUUGGGAAAGAUUGACCUCACUGCAAUGUAUAAGAUCACUACUGCGGAGCGUAUGCUUGAAAAUCUUGUGCUGGAAUAUGAACGUCUAGCCGACCCUCGUUUGCCCGCCUGCUCCCGCAAAGCAGGAAAACUCCUUGAGACCUGUUGCACCGUAAUGGACCUCAAGGGGGUUGGUAUCACAAGCAUCAGCUCUGUUUAUAAUUAUGUCAAGUCUGCUUCCGCAAUUUCCCAGAACUACUAUCCAGAGAGACUCGGUAGACUUUAUCUCAUUAAUGCCCCAUGGGGAUUUUCCGGGGCAUUCAAAGUCAUCAAGGCCUUUUUGGACCCAGUUACCGUGGGAAAAAUCCAUAUAUUGGGCUCUGGCUACCAACCUGAGCUUCUAAAGCAGAUUCCGAGUGAGAAUCUUCCCACGCAGUUCGGUGGUACAUGCAGCUGUUCUGGUGGUUGCGAGCUUAGCGAUGCUGGGCCGUGGCAGGAAAAACAGUACUUGGGUUCUGAGAAAUAG